AUGGAAAAUAAAAAAAGGAGAGAAAAAGAACACUUACAAAGAGGCCAGUCGGAGCGACAAGUAAGAAGAAAUCAACUUCAAGGGGACAAUGAAAAAACAUCUUCCUUAUCGAAAGCCGCCAGCAGCGGAGACAGCACACCAAAUAGUCAUAAAAUAAAAGUGAGUACAUCUUCUUAUACACCAGAUAGAGGAAGAAGAAAAACUCUGUCAAGUUCUCUAGAAAGGCAAACUUUUGUCGACGGAAACUCAUGUCGAGAAAUAAAAUGUACAACUGAUAAUUCUCCAGCUUCAAAUACGAGGUCGAUGCGUCAAAUGAACUCCCCUUCAAACUCUGAAAGAAAAACGGUUUAUUCUGAUGUAAAGCAAAAACAUAGUCGAACACCAACGAACGUUUCAAACAUGUGUACUAACAACAUACCUUUAAAAUCAAGCGAGGAAAAACGCCACAAAGGAUCUGAGACCAAGAAAUCGACACUUAUGUCGCCAAAUAUUGAUACAAACAAAAAAUCAGAGGCAAUCUGUAAAAACACGCCAAGAAGCAGGGAGAAAAAAUCAUGUCAAGAACGUGAGCUCAAGAAAAUGGAGGAUUGCUGGACUAAAAGCUUUUCUCCAGAUGAUACCAAGAGGUCAUUGAGAAGUGGUUUAGAACUCGAAAAUGUAAAAUCACCUGAACCAAAAAUAACAACAAAAGAAAAACCAAAGAGAAAAUUAUAUGAAGAGGAAACUUUUGUCCGAAGAAAGAAACUGCGCAGCGAAGUAAAAGAUGAUGAAUUGUGGGAAGGAAUUCUGCCAAUUCGGUUCAAACGCCUUACACCGAAGAAACACGCUUCCUUGAAAAUUAACAAGUCAUCACAGGAAAAUAAAAAUACUAAAGACAAUGAAGGAAAUUAUUCGAACACUUCUAAUGCCAAAAGAAGAAGCUUUGCUGAUCUUUACGCUGAAUUCUUGGUGAAAAGUGAAGAAUUUUUAAAAAAUGAUGUGAAGGAAACUGCAUCAAACACGUACCCUUGCUCAGAUAAGAGUAAUGUUAGAUGUGAACUUAUUUCUUCUAAAUCUGAAUCAGAUAUAAUAAACAACAAAUCCAGAAAAGCAGACGUUAAUAACAAGGAACUCUUCUCUUUCUUCAAGGAGGAAGGCGUAUCAAAAAUGAAUAGUAAACUCAAAGAGGAAGACAAACAUCCCAUCUCGAGCUACAAGAAUAAUACCGAUGACAAAAAUAUCAGUCUUAACAAACAUCAUAUCUUGUAUUCAAAGAUUAAUAGCAAAAGAGAUAAUGAGAAAAAGGUUGAUUUAUCAAAAAAUAUCAGCACCAUUGAUAAUUCUGUGGUUACCCCAAAGCGCAGCGCUAGGCUCCAGGAAAAGAGAUCGUCUUCUAAGGAAAAGUCUUCUUCUGACCAGUUUCUUCCUUGGCAUGAGCGAGAAUUUAGUUUGAAGAAGAAAAAGUCUGUUAGAUCAUUAUUACCUGACUUCCGAACUACUAUAGGUGAUAGUACUGAAACAACAUUAACAGAUAAAGAUGUAAAGAAACGAGGCCAUGAGGCGAGUGCCAAAAUCUCAGCAAAUGUUGCCAGAAACUCAGUCAGUACAAAGCAAAAUGAAGAAGUGGGUAGCAGUAAAAAUAAGCCAACUUUUUUAAAGACAGGUGCAAAUCGUAAAACCGAAAUUGUUAAACGUUGUCAAGACCAGAAAGUUGUUAGAAACUGUAAAGGAAAACAAAUUAGUGAUCUGCAGAACAACCAAAAUUCUUUUGGAAUGGCAACUAGAAGGACCCCAAAACGUGAACGUUAUGAACAGGAUUCAAACGGAAAGAGCAAAUUGAACGAACAUAGAGAAGAUUCUUUGAGAUUGACCAAUAAUGAAAGAAAAAAUGACACAAAACGGAAGAUUAAUGUCAAAGAAAGUAUUAAAGAGAGUCUAUUUGGAAAUGGAACAACUGAAUGGAAAGGCGAAGAGCAAUCAGAGAUAGGCGAGACUAUGCUACAGCAUAAUCGCAAGAAACAAGAACAUUCAAGUCAACCAAAAGACAAACAAUUGAAAAACAAAGUUGAAAUCAGUGUUCAGAAAUCAGAUAUGAGGAUUCGAGAAAAGGAAAAUGGUGAUGAAAACAUCAAUAUGAAGAGUUUAGAUUCGACAGAAUGCAGCAAUAAUGCAACGACAAGUACCGUAGACAUGUCCCUAGAAAAUAAUCAUUGUGAAACCGAAAAUAACAACUCUUCUCUUCAAGACACAUUACAAAAACAUUCAGAGGCGUCUAGAAUUGAAGAAAACAACCAGGGUGACGAAAAGCAUACCAUCAAUGGAAAACAAGCUUUGAGUGCCUGUGAGGAAACAAUAUCGCCAACAUAUAGUGCUGAAAAUGAUAACACAUUUUCAUUAGCUUCAAGUGAAAACUAUAAUGUAAUCACAGAUAUUUUUAACGCAAUUAUUACUCAGAUAGAGGAGUCAGAGAAAACAGAUGAAUCCAAAGCACCGCUACAUGCAGUCGGAAAAGAACACACUUUUGCUAAAACUUGUUUGUCUGUUGCUAGCGAUAUAGGAACCACCGCAAAAACUGAACAUGAUCAUCUGGAGGAUAAGGCUCCAGAGAGUGUCACAAAUUCUAAUCUACAGCCAGUACUUACUGUCACUGAUCAACCAGAUCCAAACACCAGUUCAAAUCCCAUCAACCGAAAUCCUGUAAGUCAAACUAUCGAGGGAACCAAAGUAAAUAACGAACAAAAACCACUCAAAAUUGUGAUGCGAAAGACAAAUCAGGGUGCUAAAAUAAUUAAAAACCUGCAAAAACUGAAAAAUAAACCUGUUGUUGUUCUGCCUCGUUUGGCUGCAUCAGGUUCCCCUGGGAAUGCAUCAGCUUCUAGAACAAUAGAGGUGAAUGUCAAAAUUGAGUCAAAUAAAUCAAACCAAAAUAUAUCUGAAGGCUCUGUGAAACAGAAUAAAAAAAUACAAAUUGAUUCUCGCGAAAGAGGUAAAACACAGACCCGGAGCAGGACACGAUCCGGAGAAGGAGAGAUCACGAUCGCUUUAGAAAAUCCGGAGACUGAGCUAAAGCCUCCACGUAGCAAAGGGAAGGUUCACCGAAAGCAAUCUAAAGAAAACAGUUCCAAAGAAAAAAAAAAGAUACCAACAGGAUCACAAAAAGGCGGAAAGGUGUCAACGCCAACAAGAAUUUCCGCCACAGAUCUUGCUCUUCUACAGAACCAGACUUUAGGGAAACAUGCCAGCAUUCUUUGGUCAAGCGAAAACCGUCGACAUUUCCAACAGACCCAUCAGGAUCUCGAUUCUGCAGGAGUGGAGGCGAUGAUGCGCAAAGCUUGGGAGACCCUUGGUAGCAAGGAAAAGUUAAAGUAUUACCAAAGAGCUUACAGCGCAACCAAUGAUGAAAACCGCCAUUCUACUCCAAAGAAGAAACCAAAAGACAACACCAAAGAUGACUCUACCCUAAAUGCAGCUAUGACAAGUUUCCUAAAAUCAAACCCAACCAAGCAAUAUGAACAACUUAAAAGACGUUUAGAAUUCGUUUAUAAUGUAUCAAGCGAAGCCUACACAAAACUAAUGGAAGAAUUCAAAACAGAACUGCAACGAGUAAAAGAAAAGAUAUCAAGGAAGACAGACAUGCAAGCAUUGUAUCGUAAGCUUCUAUUCCAAAGUAUUCUCGACAUCUGGGACACCAUUCUUCAAAUGGCCCAACAGAAGCGAGAACAGCAGAGAAAAGUGAUCCAAGAACAGUUCAGCGAAAUCACCCGAAAGUUGAUUGUUGGUGAAGGUGUCAGUUUCUCAAAAACCGUGCGUUCUGAAAAAUUGGCAGAGCUUCUUCUAGAUCUAAACGACCUUGAAACAAACAGUAAAGUGUCUGUCAGUGGAGAGCCUAUCGUAUGCAGCGAGUAUGACGCCAUAUUGGAUGACUUGCUGGAAUGUGAAUUUGAGUCUGAUGAAUGGUCACCUUUGGAAGAUCUCCCAGAGGCAAAUCCAAAACUUUCCUCUGAAAUAUUUUCUAAGGCCAUGUCAGAAAAGAAAUUACCUGAGCUGGAUGCUGCGUGUAUUGACGCGGAUUUUAAUUCAAUAAUAGAAGAAACGUCCAUAGAAAAGCUUAAGCACAUUUCUGGAGAAUUUGACCAAAUUGUGUCUCAAACGUUCGAGAACUUUCAAAAAGACAAUACACAGCCUUGUUGCGAGCUCAACUCGCCUUCGUGCCAACUUAAUAACUGGUUGGUUGCGGACCAAUUUCGACGUCUAGCAAAAGGUGAAGUGGCCGAUGAACAAGCACUAAUUGACCCAAGAGUCCUGGUACAAGUUCUCAAACCUUUGAAACCAAGAAAGACAAAAGAAAAAUUUUUGCCCAUCUCGAAACAAGGCAUUAAAUAUGAAGAUUCGAACAACAGUUCCAGGAAUGUUUACUUGCAAACUACUCCUAGGUCCUUCAUAUACCCAUAUAAUAUGGUAACUCUGUCAAGAUCGGCCAAUGUUAUUUCUUCGAGAGUCCACAGUGGUAACGGCCAGGUUCAUCCUAAUGUCCGCUUCAAAAAUUAUCAUCGACUAACUUAGUGCCCGGGGCACUGUAAGCGUUAUGUUUAGGGUUGGAGCUAUGCUGAUUUAUAGAUAGGCUUGGAAAAAGAAGAAAAUGUUGUGUUCUACAAAUAUAGAAUUUAUUUGAAAUGUAAUUUAUCUGUGAAUUGUAUACAAAUCUGAAAAAAAAUUCUUAAAUUCGGUAGAGGACAGAAGAAAUGAACAAUUAUUUGAAUGCCUAGAAUCAGUGUUUCCUUGACACCGCAAUGGCUGAAUUUUACGAUUAUUAUGUUACGGGUCAUAAAACGCAAUAACAAAUACAUUUUACAUUCUCUAAAGUAUUUUUUUAUGAAUUUGAAGGAAGAUAUCUGUCUUUAAAAAAAAGUCAAAAUAUUUUUGAAAUAUCGUUAUCAGCAGUCAGUGAUCGUCACGAAUACAACACGAAAUAUUUCCUUCUUUUCAAAUGUAUUUUCUUUCA